AUGCAUUUCAUGACCAUCCUCACACUCGGCCUUGCCGGCAGUGCCAUCGCUCUCCCGCAUGCUCCUCGUGCUUCUGCUACGCCUACACCCUCAGUAUCCUUGACGUCAGUCACUCCCACAGUGAUCACAUCUGCUUCUGCCUCUGCCUCUGCCAGUCCUGCCGCAGCCUCACGCUUCCCUGAUCCUCGAUCUAUUCUUCUCAAAGAGGUUCCUUCCGAUAUUAUGGCCCUUCAAAAGACAUACUAUUACGAUUAUCAUCGCUAUCAGACAUUCACCGGAAAAGCAAAGGAGCUCUGGGCUCACAGGCUCGAAGGGGAUUUGAAUGCCCUCAGAGUAGCUGAGAAGGCCGCCGGGAUCCCCAUACUGUUCUAG